CUGAAUAAGCAUCUUAUAUUUCUUCCUCUACAGGUACUGUGCACUCAGCAAGAGUCUACUCGCGUAAAGAGCGGGGCAUGGGAUGAUGAGGGAAUCUUCCUUUAUACAACCAGCAAUCACAUUAAAUAUGCGCUAACUGCUGGAGAUUGUGGAAUCGUUCGCACUCUCGAUUUACCUUUAUAUAUUCUUGCAGUGCGUGGAACUAUUUUGUACUGUUUGAACAGAGAAGCUACGCCCGUGGAAGUGCCUAUCGACCCUACCGAAUAUCGCUUCAAACUAGCGCUAAUAAAUAGGCGUAUCGACGAGGCAAGAAAUCCUAAGAUUCUUUCUAUUUUAAAAAACGUGCUGAACAUGGUGAAAAGUUCGACGCUUGUUGGGCAAUCUAUCAUCAGUUAUCUGGAGAAGAAAGGCUAUCCCGAGAUCGCCUUACAUUUCGUGAAAGAUGAACGUACCAGAUUCGGCCUUGCUUUGGAGUGCGGAAACCUUGAUGUAGCUCUGGAAGCUGCAAAGAUUUGUGACGACAAAGCCAUAUGGGAAGCUCUUGGUGAAGCUGCGCUGAUUCAAGGAAACCAUCAGGUUGUUGAAAUGGCAUAUCAACGAACGAAGAACUUUGAGAAGCUUUCCUUUCUGUAUUUGGUAACGGGCAAUAUGGAGAAACUUUCUAAGAUGAUGAAGAUUGCACAAAUGAGGAAUGAUGCUCAUGGUCAUUACCAGACUGCAUUGUACCUAGGAGAUAUUGAAGAAAGAAUUAAAGUGCUAAAGGGUGUUGGCCAAACUUCGUUAGCAUAUUUAACAGCUGCCACUCAUGGAUAUGAAGAAGAAGCAACUGCCCUCAAAUCCGAACUUGAAUCUAAGGGACAGCCCAUUCCACCUGUUGAUCCCAAUGCAAAACUGUUGAUACCUCCUCCUCCAGUCUGCAAGCUGGAGGAAAAUUGGCCUUUGUUAUCCACCGCUCGUGGUCCGUUCGAGCUUCUCGGUCUUGUUCCCCCCAACAAAGCCUCUGGAGCAGGUGUUUCUCAAAAGCCCGCCGCUGCUGCAUUCGCUGUGGCAGACGAUGAGAUGGAAGAAGGAGGUGCUUGGGGAGAAGAAGGCGAUUAUCUCGUUGGUGAAGAUGGAGAAAUUGAAGUUGAUGAAGAUGAUAUCCUCGCAGGAACUGCUGAUGAUGGGGAAGCU